UCUGAGAUUGACCAGUAUACAGUUCUUACUGACCACUAUCACAAUGAAUGCCAUUCUGUGCUGUGCCGUCUUUGUAGCCGUAUUUGUUUUUGCAAGCGCCGAGGAAUGCAGAUCUAUCAGUGACUGUGGUCACGUGACAUGUCCAGAAAGUAACUAUCAGCUAGAGUGCCAUUACAGACAAUGCACCUGUACACAGGUAUCAUCAUCUGGAAGUUCAACGGCUUGUUCAACAAAGCAGGACUGUAGUGGCAGUGACUGUAGAUUCGGAUGGCAUUGCAUAGAUGCCAAAUGUAGAUGCGGAUUCGGAUUUGGAGGUGGCAAAUAAAGCCAUGUGCAUCUGCUGUUACUUGUUAUUAACAUAGUUAUUCCUUCAAAAAAAU